CAGUUCUCUCUGUUUGUUCGCCUUUUUUUUAUUUAUUAUUAUUUUCAGCGCAGUGUGAUGAACUCCACAGUCCACAGUCCACACCCACACGGAGAAGCAGUACGGACUUGGCCGUGAAUCAAUCACACACUCUAAUUCAAGGGUUUCAAUCUUUUUCCCCUUCCUCUUUUUCGGCGGUUUUGUCUUGUGUUUAUCGCUCAAUUUAAGACACACUUAUCGGAUUUGUUGCAAAUCCCAGAUAUUAUCAGAUUUCUGUUGGGGCUAUUAGUGUACCUUCAUAAUGGCGGAUCUUAAAGAGCGGCUACUCCCACCAAAACCUGCAUCUGCUCUUAAUGUAAGAGAGGCUGCCAAUCGACCAUCUGCUUCUGGAAGGCAAGCAUUCCAAGGGGUGGAUGUUCUGGGGCUAAAGAAGCGAGGUCAAGGUCUCCGAUCAUGGAUUCGUGUUGACACAACUGGAAACUCGCAGGCCAUUGAGGUUGACAAGUUUACCAUGAUGCGGCGCUGUGAUCUACCUGCACGUGAUCUUCGCCUACUUGAUCCUCUGUUUGUCUACCCAUCAACAAUCCUUGGUAGGGAAAAAGCUAUUGUUGUGAAUCUUGAGCAGAUACGGUGUAUCAUUACAGCAGAUGAGGUUCUUCUGUUGAAUUCCCUUGAUAGUUAUGUAUUGCACUAUGUAAUGGAGCUACAACGACGGUUGACAACAACUGGGGUAGGGGAGGUUUGGCAAUCAGACAGUUCUGACAUGAACCGAAGGAGAGGAAGUAGGGGUUUUGAAAAUGUAUUUAGCAACUCUUCCCCUGAUUAUUUACCUUUUGAGUUCAGGGCUCUUGAAGUUGCCCUGGAGGCGGCAUGCACAUUUCUUGAUUCCCAGGCAGCAGAGUUAGAAAUUGAGGCUUAUCCGUUGUUGGACGAAUUGACAUCAAAGAUCAGUACUCUAAAUUUGGAACGUGUUCGUCGGUUGAAAAGCAGACUUGUGGCCCUGACCAGGAGGGUUCAAAAGGUUAGAGAUGAAAUAGAGCAGCUUAUGGAUGAUGAUGGUGAUAUGGCCGAGAUGUAUCUUACUGAGAAGAAAAGGCGGAUGGAGUUGUCAUUUUAUGGAGAUCAGUCUAUGGUUGGAUAUAAAUCAAUUGAUGGUGCAUCCAUUUCUGCUCCAGUCUCUCCUGUUUCAUCACCACCUGAUUCUCGGAAGCUUGAAAAGAGCUUCAGCAUUGCUAGGAGUCGACAUGAGAGCACAAGGAGUUCUGAAAGUACUACGGAAAAUAUAGAGGAGCUUGAGAUGUUGCUGGAAGCAUAUUUCGUGGUCAUUGACAGCACUCUAAACAAGUUGACAUCGUUGAAAGAGUACAUUGAUGACACAGAAGAUUUCAUCAACAUUCAACUGGAUAAUGUGCGUAAUCAGCUUAUCCAGUUUGAGCUUUUACUCACAACUGCAACAUUUGUGGUUGCUAUCUUUGGAGUGGUAGCAGGAAUAUUUGGGAUGAAUUUUGAAAUUGCAUUAUUUGAUGUCCCCUCUGCUUUCCAGUGGGUCCUGAUAAUAACAGGAGUUUGUGGAGUCUUCAUAUUUUGUGCAUUUGUGUGGUUCUUCAAGUACAGAAGACUCAUGCCCCUGUAGUAAGCUAGACCACCGUGAAGAAGAUUAAACAAUUGCGUCCGUUCUACCAAUGUUUACCGUUUCGUGAAUGCAAUCAUAAAAUUCAAAUGGAAAGCCUGCUCAUAUCGAGCAAUUCUUUCAAUUCAAUUUUGUAUCAGUUUUAGAUGAUUUCUCAUGAUAUUCAGAUUCAACAAUGCCUCUUUAGACAAAACUGAUACUUAGAAUAUUUGAAUCGACAAAUUAAUAUGUAAGCUCCUAUAGUUUUUUUCCUUCAAAUUUUUAGUUAGGUUCUUAUAAUAAAACACAGUAAAAAAAAGUGUCUUUAUAGAUUGAAAAUCUUGUAAUUAAAUCUCCUACU